AUUAAAUGUCAGAUCCGAAAUCUAAAGCUGUACGUUUAAAUAUCAAUUCAAUUUCAAAUAUUCCAUAAAGUGCAUAGAUUCUCAAAGUACAUUAUAAUUCAUUUAUUUUAAGAAAUUAGCAUUUAGUAUUAAUAAUGGAGGAUCAUCCAUUGUUAGACCUUUCAGUGCUCCCAAUAUUGUUUAAAAUAAUGCAAUGUAAUUGGAAAUCACAUCUAAAUAUAACUCUAUGUAUGAAGAGAUAGCCAAAAUUGGAUAAGGAAAUUUUGCUAUUGUAUUUAAAUGUAGGAACAUUCUCGAUCAAUCUAUCUAUGCUAUUAAAAAGACUAAAGCUUAACCUAAGCAAAAAUUAGAAUUCAGUGAUGCUAGAUAAGAAGCCUGUAUUUUGGCAGAUUUAUUCAGUAAAAGUGAUUCUAAACAUAUUGUUCAGUAUUAUAAUUGUUGGAUUGAAUAAAAUUAGUUUUUUUUAGUUAUGGAAUACUGUGAUUAUAAUCUUAAGUAUUAAAAACAAUAUUAAGAAUGGGAAAUCAAAAUUAUUUUAAAACAUAUUUUAGAAGGUUUAAGGUUUUUGCAUAGCAAGAAUUUAGUACAUAUGGAUAUCAAACCAGAGAAUAUAUUAUUUAAAAAAUAAGAUAUGAGCUACAAAAUUGCUGAUUUUGGGUUAUCAAGACUCUAAUAUGUAUUAGCUAAUGAAGAUAUACGAGAUGGGGAUUAAAGAUAUACAGCUCCUGAAAUCAUGGAAUAUGUAUUAAAAACUUUAUCUAGAUGAAUUUUGGUACUCCAAUAGAUUUAUAAAAAGUUGAUAUUUUUGCUUUUGGAUGCACCAUCUUUGAAUUAAUGAUUCAAGAGGAAUUACCAAAAUCUGAUAAUCAAUAUCAAGAAUUAAGAAGUGGCAUCAAUAAACGUCAUUUUAAAGAUGUAGGUAAACAUACUAAUUAUUAAUUUAAUUAGGAAUUCAAUAUUCCGAUUCUUUGAUACAAAUAGUUUGCUAAAUGAUGACUCCAAAAUAAUAGGAUAGACCCACUGCUGAUCAAUUACUAAAAAAUGCUUAUCUAUUUGUACCUUAAGAAAAUGAAUUAAAAUUCUUGGAAAGAUCAAAUAAUAUAUUGUUUGAAGAAGAUGAAAGAAAAAAAAAAAUAUUAGAAGAAGAAAAAAAAAGAAGGAAAUCAAUUGGAUCUUGUUUGGAACUCAAUUUAAGAAAUGACAUCUAAAAUUAUCUUCAAAAUUUCAUAAAUAGAAGAAGAUAUGAUUCAAAUAAACAAUUCAGAAUAACAAGGAUUAAUUGUUUUAAAUCAGAUUAAUAAUUAAAUAGCAAAAUUUCCAGAGUAACAGAGGAAUCCUGUGAGAAAUAAUGCUAUUCUAAAAAAUAAAAUAGAUUUGAAGGCAAGAUUUCUAGAAAUAAGAGUGCUUGAUAUCUAAAUAUAUAUUAAAUUAAUUAUUAUAAAAGG